AUGACUGAGCUAAGCUAUGACUUGGAUGAGACCUAUGUUGACCGUCAUGAAGAUGAUCAUAUUAGAGAGCAAAUGGCAACCACAGAAGCGCUUUUGCUUGAAGAUACUGGCUCAGAAGUCUCAAGGACACUGCCUUACCUUCUCGUCUUAACCUGCGGUGGCGCUGGGCUACAAGUCAUUUGGUCUGUCGUUAGGUCUAAUGGUGCGCCGUACCUAGUGUCUCUAGGACUCUCCAAGUCGUUCACCGCUCUUGUCUGGCUGGCGGCUCCUCUCUGUGGAGUUGUAUUUCAACCGAUAGUGGGGAUCUUGAGUGAUCGAACCCGUAGUCGCUGGGGACGGCGAAAACCUUUCAUAGUCGGCGGCACGGCCGGCGUCAUCAUUGCCACCCUGGCCCUUGCUUUCCUUACGACACCUCUCAGUGGAGAUACUCAGGGCCAGUCCCCACGGAUGUUGAUCAUACUGCUAGCGAUCACCCUGAUAUACGCCAUGAAUGUAUCUAUUCAGCCUAUCCAGGCUGGUCUGCGUACACUAAUCAUAGAAAACUGCCCCACCCACCAGCAGACCCAAGCCGCCGCUUGGACCAGUGUUUUGAUGGGUAUCGGUAACGCUUUUGGCUACCUUUGCGGAUUUACCGUAUUACCCGAGUUCUUUAGACUGAGCGGUUUGACGCAGUUUCAAUGCUUGUGUCUGAUUGCUUCAUUGGCACUGGCAAUUACAACAAGCAUAAAUUGCACUGUCAGGGAAGAUUAUUGUGCACGCUCGCUACCAGUCAGACUUGAACGAACCGGAGUCGGGGUGGUAUUCAGAGACCUGAUCCAUACAUAUCGAUUCAUGCCCAGAAAAAUCCGCAAAGUGUGUCACAUUCAGUUCUGCGCCUGGAUAGGGUGGUUUCCGUUCUUGUUCUAUUCAACCACCUAUGUGGGCGAAAUCUAUGCCAAUCACGCUAUCGCCAUUAGACAGUCUUUAGUGGCCAUAGAGACCAUGGAUGCUACGUCUAUGAUGUCUGCAGAUUUGACAGCUAUGAGCAAGGAAACUAGUAUCGCUGAGGACGCGAUUCGUUAUGGCACAUUUGCCAGUUUCCUCUUCUCCAUUGUGGCUUUUGCUACCAAUUCGUUACUUCCGAUACUCUUGGGAGUCUCUAUCAAACCUGGCCUCGCUGCAAGGAAGCCUACAGCAAAAUUUGGGAUAUUUCAAGCAUGGACCUGCGCUCACAUCUUCUUCGCUCUGGCCAUGUUUGCCACCAUGAUGGUGACCUCACAAGCAGCUGCCACCUUCCUAGUCGCCUCUGUGGGCCUCUCGUGGGCACUCACCCACUGGGCACCGUUCGCUAUCAUCGGAAAUGAGCUCGCUGCCCGCCAGUCAUUCAAUACCCACACCAACGGUUUUCCAGACGACGAGAUGUCGACAAUGGGUGUGGAAGUUCAAGCUGGUGCCAUUAUGGGUCUGCAUAAUGUGGCCAUAUCAGCGCCGCAAAUCAUAGCAGCUUUGGCCUGUAGUGCUAUCUUCGGGCUUGCAAAAUCCUUGGGAAGUCAGGAUGGGACAGGGUGGGUGCUGAGAGCAGGUGGUUGUGCGGCUUUGUGUGCCGCAUAUUUGACCAGCAGUUUUGAUGAUUGA